UGCAGACCCAAGCAGCUGCAGCCGGGACUGGACCGGGAUCCACCACACCGCGCACGCGCACUGAUUCACACGCUCCUUCAGCAUGGGAUCCUUUCCUGCGCGCCGUCUCUAAGCAUCCUCGCGGGUCGAAAGCGCAUCACGCCUGCCUUCGGGUCUGGGAUGGAGCUGGGGGUUUUCGGAGCCAUGAAGCCCUGGCUGCUGGUAGCGCUGCUCGGGUUCUGUUCUGCCAUCAGCCCCAGCAAACAGGAGGACGAUGACUAUGAAGACGUGCCCAUAAACAAGACCUGGGUUUUAUCACCGAAGGUCUAUGAGAGCGACGUGACUCUGAUCCUGAACAAACUGCUACAGGGCUACGACAACAAGCUGCGACCUGACAUCGGAGUGAGGCCCACCGUGAUCGAAACCGCUGUGUACGUCAACAGCAUCGGACCAGUGGACCCCAUAAACAUGGAGUACACCAUCGACAUCUUCUUCGCUCAGACGUGGUACGACAGCCGGCUGAAGUUCAACAGCUCCAUGAAGCUGCUCAUGCUCAACAGCAACAUGGUGGGCAAAAUCUGGAUUCCCGACACCUUCUUCAGAAAUUCCAGGAAAUCGGACGCUCACUGGAUCACGACUCCAAACCGGCUGCUGAGGCUGUGGAGCAACGGCAGGGUCAUGUACACGCUGAGGUUGACAAUUAACGCGGAGUGCUACCUUAAGCUGCAUAACUUUCCCAUGGACGAGCACUCGUGUCCGCUGGAGUUUUCGAGCUAUGGUUAUCCGAGGAAUGAAAUCAUGUACCGGUGGCAGAGACGGGCGGUGGAGGUGGCCGACCAGCGUUACUGGAGACUCUACCAGUUUGCCUUUGUGGGGAUGAGGAACACAUCGGAUGUGGCUCACACUCAGUCAGGGGAGUACGUGAUCAUGACCAUCUUCUUUGACCUGAGCCGCAGGAUGGGAUACUUCACCAUCCAGACCUACAUCCCCUGCAGCAUGAUUGUGGUCCUGUCCUGGGUCUCCUUCUGGAUUAACAAGGACGCCGUCCCUGCCCGCACAUCUCUAGGCAUCACAACAGUUCUGACCAUGACAACGCUCAGCACGAUUUCCAGAAAGUCUUUGCCAAAGGUCUCCUACAUCACUGCCAUGGACCUUUUUGUCUCCGUCUGCUUCAUCUUCACCUUUGCUGCUCUGAUGGAGUACGGCACCCUGCACUACUUCACCAGCAACCGACAGACAAAGAAGACCAAGGCAAAUAUUUCUGCUCAGAACAAAGGCUCCAGCAUGGCCAACCUGCGGCCGGGCACCUCCCUGCUGCAGAUGAACAACAUUGUGCCGUACCACGAGGAGGACAGCUUCGCCUACGAGUGUCUGGAUGGGAAGGACUGUGCCAGCUUCUUCUGCUGCUUCGACGACUGCCGCACAGGUGCCUGGCGUGAGAACAGGAUGCAUGUCCACGUUUCCAAGAUCGACUCGUACUCCAGAAUUUUCUUCCCCACUGCUUUUGGCCUUUUCAAUCUGGUGUACUGGAUCGGGUAUCUGUAUCUGUGAAGUGCAGGGGGAGAAAGGCAGCUGGAGCUUUACAUGUGCAAUCUUCUGACAGGAACUAAGAUGCUCCUGUCUGCAGUGUAAGGGCAGCUCCUUACCUGACGCUGCAGGUGAUGACUCUCGUGAAGGAAAAUCAUUUGCACAUAUAAAACUCCAGGGAACCACAGAGGAAACGUUGCCAUUGAAUUUUUAAAGAAAAGAAGCCAAACCGCUUGCUUCUUCUUUUGAAGCUGCUCAUUUAGUGAAGAAAAAAAAAGAGAAUUGUCAUGAAAUUAUAGCCGGUUGUUUCCUCUUUCACUGCAUGCUCCUUCAUUUUCCCAGCGGGUCAUUUUUAUGGAACCUUUAAGGCCUCCAUGGAGCAAACCAAAUUCUAUUUUUCUAGCCGAUCCUCUGCAGCGAGCUCCUCUGAGAGGCGGAGCCAAACAGCCAUCAGCAACAACCGUGGUUGUUUUUUGCAGAGGCCAGAUUUUCUACUGUAACGUGUCUCAGAACGUCAAACACGUGAAAAGUGUCCACCUGUUCAUAAUUUGUUCCUUGUUGACCACAUCACUGGAAAGGCGUUGCUCCUGGAUGACUUGAACCAGGUUCUACCAGCCCUGCUGCAUGUAGAGGAGCCACUCUGCUGCUUCAUCUGCCUGAUAGGGGAAAAAAAAUAAUUUUACAGCAUUUUCUUCGAGUCUCUCUGUGCAGCAAAGUAGCUGUUUGUAGCAUAGUUUCAAUAUUAGAAAGAAAGCCGUUUCUGUGUACUCAGUGCUGUGACACCAUCUUCAACCCAUCAGUGUCUUUUUGGCUCAUUUGUGGGACGUUUGUGGGACUGAUGCACCAAACAAGGAGAGUGAAUUUGAAAAGCAGCUGUGACUGGUGUUGGGGGGCUGUGCUGGAGCAUUUCCUGGAGCCAGAACAUUUAUGGGGGGGUCAGAAGUCUUUGGUAGGGCGACAAAUGGGAACAGCAGAGUGGACGGACAUUACAAAAGAAAGGUUAAAGGAAUGUAUUUCAAGCAGUUUUAUUAUUAUUAUUAACAUCAAAACAGCAGUUCUUUUUGCUAUGGUGCUAUUACUGAUUACUUAAAGAGCUUGCAUUGAUGAUUUUUUUCAUUUUUGUCUAUAAUUAUACUAAUAUUGACUCAAAGAUUGGGAAGGCAGAGCUUUUUGCUGGGGGGAAGGUCUGGACUUUUACCAGAACCUUCCUGUAAAUCAGUUUAGAGGCAGAUCUGCUGCUUUUGGAUCCUUGCUCCACACCAACGUUCUCAUGAACUAAUAGCGCCCCACAUCACCAUACUUCCACCGCCACGUCUUACUCCUUAAGUUUUGAGUUCAGAUGUUUUCUGCAGAAAGUUCCUCUUGUGUCUCACCAGAGUAUCUGUCUGAAACCUUAGGAAAGCCAUGCUGAGCGCUGUUAGGGGUUCUUUUGUCUUUGAAUUGGGUGAGGGGAUGCGGGACAGACGUUCUCUUCAACUGUCUGAUGAGCCUCUUCAGGUGCUAAAGACCUUAGUAGAAGGGGCCUGUUCUGUUUGGGUUUCAUGGGACUGUUGGAAAUAGAUGAAAGGUUAAGUCUGAGGCUACACUUUUCUGUUUAUUAAAGGUUCGCCUUUUUUGACAAAAAAACCUUCUUCAUUUAAAGUUGAAACUACCCUUUCUCUCUGCCUCAAGGCCCGUACACACCGGGACGAAUAUUAGCCAGUGUUUUUCGCCACGUUUUUUGUGUUCACACCCAGGUGAUUUUCGCUGACGAUGAGCCG